AUGAACGAGCUGAGACAGAUAAGGGGGGAGAUUAAGGGGGAGAUAAGAGAAGGACUGAGAGAGCAAGGAAGAAUAUUAGGAGAGGAGCUGGAGGAGAUGAAAAAAGAGCUAAAGGAAAGGGAACUAAGAUGGCAAGAGGAGAAAAGGGAACUGAUAGGGAGAAUAGAAGAGAUGGAAAAGAUGUGGAUAGCUAAAAUGAAAGAGGGGGAGGGAGAAGAAAAGAAAACAAAGAAAGGGGAGGGAGAUAAAAGAGUAGAAGAGAGGAUGAAGGAGUUAGAGAGGAAAUUAGAACUAAAAGAGAGGAAAGAGAGGAGAGCGAACGUAAUAGUGAGAGGUAUGGAGGUAGAGAAGGGGAAAGGGAGGGAGACAUUCGAGAAAUUAAUAAAGGAGUUAGGAGUGGAAGCAAAGAUAGAAGACAUGAGCAGAAUAGGAGGAAUAAGGGAAAAAGGGCCGGAGACUUGGUUAGUGAAAUUAGGAAGUGAGGAACAGAAAAGAGAGGUAAUGAGAAAGAAGAGAAUGUUAAAGGGAAGAAAGGAAAGAUUAGCAGAUGACCUGACGUGGAGGGAGAGGAAGAUGAAAUGGAGGAUAGAAGAGAUAGCAAGGGAAGAGGAGAGGCGAGGUAGAAAGGUGUGGACAAGCUAUGGGAAGGUGAGAAUAGAGGAAGAAUGGUGGAUCUGGGAUGAAGAAGAAGAGGUGCUAAAAGAUAGAAGAGGGAUAGGAAGGAAAGAUAAGGAUUUUUGGGAGAUUUUAAAACAGUGGGAUAUAAUGAUGUUGACGGAGACAUGGGUGGAGGAGAAAGGGGUGAAGAAACUGAGAGAGAAUUUACCAAAGGGAUACAAAUGGGGGAUACAGCCGGCGAAGAGGAUUAACAUAAGAGGAAGAGCAAGAGGAGGAAUG